AUGAUUUCUGGUUCAUCAUAUCCGACAGCUAACUUGUAUUUCAUGCAAGUGUGGGCAAUUAAAUGUUGGCUGAGAGAUCAUGAGGAUUCUAGUGAUCUAGUUAUUUGUGAUAUGGUUGAGGAUAUGAAUGAAAUAUAUGAGAAAUAUUGGGAAGAAUUCAGUGACAUACUUGCAAUUGCGGCAGUUUUUGAUCCAAGAUUGAAGUUUGCAUUUCUAGAAUUUUGUUACAAUAUCUUGGAUCCAUCAACCAGCAAGUCAAAGUUGGCUCAUGUGCGUAAAAAAAUGGAUCAACUCUUUGGAGGUUAUAAGAAAGACACAAGCAAUGUUGCAUCCACUUCACAAUUUUCAAGAAGGAACGUUCCAUUUGGAUAUGAUGGAUCUUAUACUUACUUUUCACAAAAGAAUGGAACUAAUGGAAAAUGUAUCUAG